AUGUUGCGUAAAUCUCGUAACCCUAGUGAAGAAGAUGAAGAGUCGACCCGGCGGGGUAAGCUCAGUGAAUUCAGCAACAAGGUGGAACGAAUGUUCCGUGCAGCUUUUAAAAAAGACUCAAACAUCUCCAGCCAAUCAAAACAACCACAAAAAUCGGUCGACUCAGAUAUCGAAGAGGCACCGAAAAUCGAAGCCGUCUUCUCCCCAAUGAGAAAAACCCAGAUAUCCGUCGAAAAGAGUCAGAACCUGGACAGUUCCGAUGUCUCCUCAGACCUCGAUACAGGCUCUCGAACAAACCUAGUGAAAAUCGACAAAAUAUCGAAACUGAGUGAAGAGAAAAACGAAAAAGAGAAGCAACAAUCUAAAUCAACUACUCGAAAACGCCAUCAAUUGAAAAGAUCUCAACACGUUCAUUCAAACGAAUUGGAACCGAAUUCUAUGGACGUAGUUGUAGAUAUUCACUGCGAAAAUCCUAACAAAAAUGACAAAGACAAUGCAAACAUGACUGAAGAAGAGACAAUUGAAAGUUUAUCAGAAACCGAACUGGACAAAUCACCCAUCAAGGAUGAUUCGAAAGUGCAUGAACAAGAUUCAUUCGUGAAUUCAGUAGAUUCAGUGAAAAAACAACGGAAACGAUGGUCUAAAGAAGCCAGUGUCAUAAAGUUACCUUCAAGGACUUCAUUCUCAUCUACAUCAGCACGAAGCAGCCCCUGGAGAUCUCUGCAUGACGAAGACACAGUGGUACCAGUCCUAGCACCUAGAAUAAACAAAAUAAUUAAUUUACAAGAAGAAGAUUCUGAUGCAGGGCUUGACAAUGCUGCAUUCGAAUCUGAUCAUGACGAUGAUCAAGUCUUGAGGAUCGAGACUAGUCACGGAGUCACAGAGCAAACGAAAAUAGAGAUGAGAUCGGUGGAAAAUACUACAGACUCAUUAGACUCUUCUCCACAGAUCUUGAAAUCAAAAAUCACACAAAUUACGAAAUUCACAAAACUCUAUAGGAAAUCAUCUUCACAGUCUGAGGGGUCUAAAGUUGAAGAUAUUAUUGAACAAAUGCCAAGGAGAGUAAAGUCAUUUGUAUCGGAAAAUCCGUCAAUCGAUCACUCUGAAGACAGUCUUUUAUCUAAGAAGCGACAAAAGAAAGCAAAAUCGAAGGCGAGAACGAGAACUGAGAGGAAUGACAAGAAGUCUUCGAGAUCGAGUGAGUCAGGGGAUUAUAAUCAGACUGGUGAUUCUGAGCGUUUAUUAUCAGAUCUUCCAGGAUCGAGAAAACCGCCAAGAAGAGCAAAACGAGAAACACAAGGUGAAGAACAAGUUUCUUCAGAGGAGGUAGAAUCAACGCCAAAAAUACGGAAAAUAAAGCAGAAGAGAGAGUCUCUGUCCACAACCCGAUAUUCUGAAGAUACAAUCCUUUCGAAUAAGGAAAAAUCAUCGAAAAAACUGAAGAAACCAAAGAAGAAAAAGGAGAAGAAAGAGGAAAUGAAAUUCACUUCUGUGAAAAUUCAUAAAGCUGAUAUGUUAGAGGCUGAUUAUGUUACAAGACAUCCAAUGGUAAUCGUUCAUAUUGUAGAGGCUAAUACUGGAGAUUAUUUGAAGUUGGAGGGAUCUGAAAUAAGUAGACGUCCUUUCCUCCAGCCCUUGAUCACUGGAACCUUUGAUUUCAAAGAGAACAAGUCGAUGGUGCCUUAUUGGGAUGAAGAAUUGAUAUUCGAACUGGAUUUCGAGAUUUUAAUGGGGACUGAGAAGGAUCAAGUACUAGUUUUGUUUGAGGUUGUUGAUUUGCUGAGUUUUGCUGAGGCUAGCCAGAACUAUGACCAAUUUGGAGCAGAGAAUUGCUGGUAUAAAAUCGCCUGGGCCUUUUUGAAACCAGUGGGGCGGGAGAGGAGGUGUCAUCUGAAUAAACAAGUGAGGCUGCAGUUGUACAAACCGAAGAGGUUGAUGCGGAAGACUAUCAGACAUAAGUGUGAGGCCUUCAGUUGGUGGAAAUCUGGAGCUCGUGAAAAAUACCCCAGCUCCCUUUACACUACUAUAACAUCAGUGUCACCACCCAAACUAGAGCCAGUUUUCUACGGACAACUCGUCAACGAUCUGCCAUCGCCUCCAUUCCCUCAAAAAUCUCCCCACACCCCGGAGCCCAUCCACCUCCCGAAAUGGAGCCGCCUAGCUGCCCAAUCUUGCAAAAUUCCCAACGACUUCCACUUCCAAACUGAAAUCGCGGAAAACGGAAGCUUUUACGUCCUCUUCAGCAACAAUGGGAUGUACCUGGCCUCCGUCAACUCCGAAGAGUACGACUACCCGAUCAUCAUCCAUAAAGUCGACGAAAUGAAAAUCUUCAUCAGGUUCACCGGCCACAAAAGCUUCGUUUACUCCCUAGACUGGUCUCAGAACGAUGACUAUCUCCUCUCGGUCUCAUCCGACCAGACUGCUAGAGUCUGGGACGUCAAGAACAGACUAAUCCACCAUAUUUUCAUGCUUCCUCACCCCUCCUACAUCUACUCCGGAAAAUUCCAUCCAUCUUUGCACUCUCAGAUGAUUGCAACAGGUUGUUACGACCACUUUGUCCGAAUCUGGGAAAGAUCCUCAUUAUCCUACGAACUCUUGCAAGAACUUGAGGGACACGAAGGUUUCAUCAACUCCAUGUGCUUCCAGAAAAAUGGAUCUUUGCUAACUGCUGAUAGCAUUGGAGUCAUCAUCCAUUGGGCAAUUCGUAAAAGUCGAAAAAAGAUGAAUAAAGAUUGGGGAAUCUUCAGAAAGAUCAAGAUAAAAGAAGUUGAGGGGGUACCCAUCAACACAAUUGUGCUCCAUCCGUUGGGCUCUCGUUUGCUGGUACAUUCCAGAAAUAAUGGUUUGAGGAUGUUGGACCUAGCCACUGGAGUUGUAUUACAGAAAUAUGAAGGGCUGAAGAGUCUCAGAAUCCAAACAACUGCGAGGAUAUCACCAUGUGGAGGAUUAUUGCUGUGUGGAGGUGAGGACGGAGUUCUGAAUGUCUGGAGUGUUGAAUCCGGGAAGAAAGUCGCUGUUUAUCAUACUCAACCGAAGAAUCUACCAGUCACUUGUGUGGAUUAUCACCCUUAUGAUCAUGUGCUUGUUUAUUCGACUUUUGGCGCUCCUUCCGGUGCUGUUGUCCUUAGGUUCGAUAAAAACCCAGGUGGUGAGGGGGUGGGAUUGAAGAUGUUGAAUGAGGAUGGUGAUUUAUCUGUUAAAUCUGGUUCAGUUAUUGGGAAUAAAUUGAAUUCUAGUAGAAGAUUCUCAGAGGAAACUUUGAGAUCUCAAAAGAAUUACGUGAUGAGAGCAGAAUCUUCGGAAAAUGCGAGGGACACGAGUAAUGGGAGUCGUGAGGACUUGAGGAAGAGAUUGAAGAUAUUCAAUGAAACUGAGGGAGAACUGAAGACUAAAAGUGCUAAUAGGUUGACAAAUAUUAUUGCGAAGAUUGAUAGAAUUUUGUCAAAUAGCUCAAAGUCGAAUUAUGAUGUCGAAGCGAAUAGGUUGGGUGUUCCUAUGGAGGAGGUUUCUAGGGUAAUCCCCUACGUUCCUCCUUUAUUUUCAACAUUUGAAGAUAAUUCUAGUGAGUCCAAAUCGAGUGAAAUAUUCGAGAUGAUGAGUUUAAAUAGAAAAAAUUUUGAAAAAAGUAAAUCGAAGAGUGCGAGGAUAGAAACUACGUUCAGAACUUCCGAGGAGGAGGUUGGAAGAGCAUUUUCAGAUGGCAUUGUGAACUGCAGGGGGAGGAUAAGGGGAACCAGGGAGCCUUGGAAUACUGGAAAUUACAGGAUUGAUAAGGAAAGGCAGGAUAAAGAGGAGCGAAGAGAGAGUAGUGGAGACAGUGGAGAAACUUAUGUGGUUGAAAUUGAUGAAAAUCGAGAGGAAAUGAGGGUGGAGAGCCAGAGUUCGGUAAGGAGUGAUGCCACUUUUGUUGUAGAGAAUGAGAAGAUUAAACCACCGGUGCCUAAGCCUCGGAGACGAUCUGGUCUGAUUAAUGAUAUCAAUUAAAUAGAGUAUAUUAUGAAUUAAAUUUUUUGUAGAUAGUAAAACAGAUUUAUCAAUUAUUAACAGUAUCACAAAUUCGAGGAACAUUAAAUUGGA